CGCCCAUAACACCUGAUCGGAUGAGCUGGUUUACCAAGCUUUCGGGGGAGGAGGGGUGGGGAACCAGAGGUGGGAGGAUAUUUGUUGCGGUUGUGGGUGAGGAGGUCAAGGGGAAAGCAGGGAUGAUCAUCGGCUGGUGUAUGGCUACUAUGGCAUAUCCUCCUCAUCUGCCAGAUACACUCCUUUCCCAGCUGUAUCUUUCCGCCAUCUAUGUGCACGCUUCGUACGUAACGCAAGGCGUCGGUCGACAGCUAGUACAAUACCUCGCGACAGAAGCAGGGAAAGGCCACGCAGAGCUCAUAAGAGCGGAAUGCAAGCGUCUUCCCAAACUGGUGCAGAUGCACGAGAGCUGGGGGUUCACUCCGGUCAGGUAUACGGGUUGGGCGGAAGAUUACGAGGAUAAGAUGCAGUUGUUUCAUAUGGAUUUGAGGACUGACGAGGAACGGGAGCAGGACGAGUACGUGGAGGAUGAGGACGAGGAGGACGAGUGACGGCUUUCUCCUCGACGAGUGCCUGUUCCAUGCCUUUUCCCGACCUCCCUGCGAUCACUAUCCUUCUGCGAGCCGUGUUCCACCACUGGCAUUUCGGAAGUC